CUGGGUUCUUUUCUCUCCUGACUUCGAGAAGAUGUUUGCAACAAUGCUGAAGAUAUUUGCAAUUAUAGCAGCCCUUUCAGGCUACACCAGCGGUGUGACAGUGACAGUUCCCCAGAGCACGGUAAAUGUCACUGUUGGUGGAAAUGCUACUCUUCUCUGCACAUACACAACAACUGGGUCUGUGGAUUCACUUUUCAUUCAGUGGAGUUUUUACAGUGCCAAAGAGAAACAACCUCAAACACAUUCCCCAUGCCGCAAUAUUCAGAGUAUGGAUGAAAAGUCAGUCAAUCAUUGUCAAAAGACGGUGUAUGUGACAGAUGCACGGGGGAGAUGUAGCUGGAAACACCAGAUCUAUUAUUUUCAGAAUGGACAGGCUUAUGAGUAAGGUGAGUUCAAGAACAGAAUAAAUGGGACAACAAACCAAGGAAAUGCAUCAAUAACAAUUUUCAACAUGCAGCCCUCAGACACCGGGUUUUAUACCUGCGAAGUUUUCAACCCACAAGAUUCAGAUGGACAGAACCAGAAAUCAGUGGCUGUCAAUGUACUGGUCAAACCUUCACAGCCUCACUGUAGCUUACGGGGAACCCCUGAGACAGGCCACCUUGUCUCUCUCUCCUGCUAUUCUGAAGAAGGGAUGCCUGCGCCUACAUAUCAGUGGUAUAAAGUAUCAGGGGAGACCCUCAAACCCAUGACAGAACAACUCAAUACAAAAACUGGGCUUUUGAUUAUUGGUAAUCUCACCAACUUUGAAACUGGAUACUACCGGUGCACAGCUACUAACAGCCUUGGAUACAGCAGCUGUGAAGUUGACUUGACUGCAGGACAUUCAGAAGGUGGUCUCAUUGCUGGAGCAUUAAUUGGAGCAAUUCUGGGAGCAGUUGUUAUCUGCAUUAUUGUCUGGUUUUUAAUCAAGAGAGAGAAGAAAAAGGAGAGAAAAGAGAAAGCAGCAAAUAAUGAAAUGCGACCAAUGACUCAGAAACAACAGGCAAAUGUGGAAUAUGCUAAUAUACCCACCCAAGAAAAUGAGUCUGUUGCCACAGCUACACCAAGCAGAGAAGCUAAUGCAGCAAAUGAAUACUCUACGGCUGCAGAAACUGCUGCCUCUGGAAUGCCUGAAAACGAUGAGAUGCAAGGAGUGGAGACACAAGCAACAGCCUAAAAAUUCUAUUGCGAUUUCCUUAUCCGCUAUGAACCCCAUCUUCAAAAAUGUUGGUAUUGAAUUAACGCAGGAAGUAGUGUGGUUAUAACCCACACACCUGCAUUUGUGGUAUUAAUCACAAGGUGGGAGUUUGAAGGUCAUGACUUCAACUAUCCAAGAAGUACACAUAUGAUGGCCUCAUUUUUCAAUUGUUAUUGCACUUAUUAACUAUCUAGCUAUGACUGUGUACCAAAUAUGAAUGACAGCAUAAUGACUCCAUUUAUCCAACCCAUUUGAGAAUAUUAAUUAUUAAAUGGGUUUGGAAAGACAGACAACAUUGGAGCUUUCUUAUUGGCUGCUGGUGAAGCUAUGUGAUGGCUUGUAAACACAGGAGUCCCUUUUCUGAAAGAAAAUGGUCACUGCCAGCCAACCUGAAGUGUUGCAUGUGCUGAGAAUGACACAGGACGACUGUCUUAGCAAAUACAUUACAGUAUCUAAGGACCUGAUCCCACACCUUGGAAAUCAAUGGGAGUUUGGCCACUGACUUCAACAGGUGCAGGAGCAGACUCUUAGAGCAUGUGUUCAUAUCUGCCUCUAGUAGCCAUCCCCAGCAACAGUAACAGCCUGCCUCUCACUGGCAGCUAACGCAGUUACACCUUUAACUAAAGACGUACUUUGGUAGGAAUGUUGCUGAAGUUCCUGGGUUCAGUCAUCACUGAUGAUCAAAGUCCGUAUCAGUGGCUCAUUAACCAAAACAAGAGGGUAUCAACCUUUGAGGCAAACUCAGAAAAUCAGACUGAUGAGGUGCUAAUUAUGAUCUGUACUAUAAAAGAGGUUCAGUUUUGGCCAACUAACAUUUAUUUAUAAAAUUCCAUGUCUACCACUUUGCUGCACUCUAGUGAGUUCUCUUUAUACAUACAGACGCUUAAAUUCCACAUGCCAUCGUACAAUGUACUCGGCCACAUUUUUCAGUUUUGUUGCCUCAGAUUAAAAUUGACUGGACGAGAUGAUAGGGUGAAAUCCUGAACUUGCUGAAGUCAAUGGCAAAAUCUCCAGUGAAGUCAACAGUGCCAGGAUUUCACUCUAGGGGGUACCCAAGCCCAAAUAUCUAAAAUGUCUGGGCCAAAUCUGAAGUCAUUACUCGGAGCUGUCUUUGCAGGCAAAACUCCCAUUAAUUUUAAUGGAUAUUUUGCCUGACCAAAGACUGCAGGUUUGGGUCCUUAAAUUCCAUGAUCAUUAUGAGGUUACUUGAAAUUUUCAGUGAUCUUAUUGAAGUUGCCUUGUGAGUACGACAAAAAACUACAGUACUAAACAAUCUCACUAGGGAAAAAAAAGUAAUGAGGCAAUCUGCUCAUGGAUUAUAUGUCAUUCCUCACCACAAGUGAAAAAAUAUUUCAAGUGAAUUACAAGACAGAGGGAGCCCUCUACCUAGCUAACAACAGUAUAAACUUUAUUAGUAAAAACAUUUCCACUGUAAUAGGCAAAGCCUAUGUAGCAUUUUGCGCCUCCUAUCAUGCAAACUACAAGUGAUUUUAUCAGUGACCCUGUUUGUAGCUACAUUUUUUUUAAACUGAUUUUCUCAUGUCCUCAGGUUUCAUAUGGACAUUGUAAAGAACGACCUACUGCCCUUUGGCACUAUAAAAUACCAUGCUCUUCAUUUUUAUAUGCAUAUUGUGUAAUCGUACGAAUUAACAUCUCUUCUUGGUUUUCUUCACCUAAUUUUUUUUUUGCUUUUUUCCUUAACAUAAUCUAGUAAGUUAAGUUACAAGGCGAAGAGGUUACUAUGAUUUCUGCAAUCAUACAGGUCAUUUGAGUAUUCAUGGAACUACUACUAGUCAUACAUUUGCUGAACACGAAUGGGAUCUGCAGCCUACGUAAAAAUUAAUUGCAGAUAAAGAACACGACAGCAGUUCUCAACUAAUAUAAAAAGCUAACUUCCUAACACCAAAUUUUCAAAAGCACCUCAUUAAAAAGCUAGAUUGACUCUGGGGGAGGGCAAGUGGGGGAGGUUUUUCAGACAAAAGUAAGUUUACUUGAGUGUAUUUUUACUAAAGGAGGUUGAUAUGUUUCUUACCGUUUUAGGAUGCACCCAGAUACGAUUGCAGCUGAGCUGGCUUCAAAGAUAUGGGUUAUUAUGAUGUAGGAUUAUAACUGUGCUUUUGCUUUCUAGUGAACAUCCUGGCAAAUGAAAUAAAAGAAUAAUCAUGUUUGCAGAGCACAGAAACCCAUGAAGAGCUGCAUGAGUGGUGGAGGCUAUUUUUCAGAACUUUGCUCUGAUGCAGUAGACUUUUUUUCUUGUGUGACCCAACUAACCUCUCCAGGGAAAUGGGGGAAUGUUAUUACGUGCCGUGGAGUCACAGGGUCUAGUCUAUGCCCCAGACUGUAACCAGUCUGCAGAGAGUGACCCCUUUAAUGGGCUAGGCCCCAAGGACCUACACAGUUCCAAAUGGGCAGGUCCAAGGCCUCCAUGACUCAGCACCAGCAAUCUCUGUCUCUCUCCUUGGCUCCCUGCAGCGAAUCCAACCAAGUCAAGAGUCCUGUGGGAGGCUUGUGCUGACCCCUUCAGGACAGAAUGCUCACAGCAAGACAGGCAGCCUUUCAAACAAGGUAACAAUUUAUCAUCACCUGGCACACAGAAUCUGAAAGUCCUUAGAUUAGCACACAGAGGCAGCAGUUAAGCAAUAGUCUACUGUAGUCAAACCAGCGCCCUGAUAAGCCCUCUCUGGCCCUUUUUUGUCUCCUCUGGUCCGGCCACUUGAGUCCCUCCAAAUUCCCCCUUCUUCCAGUCCCUCUGUUGAUUUGGGUCAGGUCAAGACUUUUUUUUUUUUUUAAGUGACUCUAUUCAUUCCCUGCCCAGAACACAACUCCUGCAUUGUUUCAGAGCAGGGUUACCCUGCUGAGUACACCUACUGAGUAGCAAGGCAAUGUACAGAGGGAAACUGAGGCAUGCCUAGGAUUCAUACAAUUAUUACAGAAAAUUCCCACUUCGUCACACUAGGAAAGCUCUAUAUAAAAAGUCACACAAUGUCUCUGAGCCAUUAUCUCCUGGCGAAAGCAGGAUUCAUAGACUGACACAGGAGUGUAGCGACCUGUCUUUGACCUGAAAAGAUCCCAAACAGCCAUACAGAAUUCCAUCCCCACCCCUUUACAGCUCAGGAUUGCAGUAGUAUUCGCCUCUCCGCAGUACCAUAGCUGAUGCACAAGUCAUGCAUCACUUGUCUACUUUCACCUCUGUCCCCAUGCAGGGGCUUCGAGGGCAUGGAAUGUGAGUUGUUGCAAUGAGCAGCACUAAGCACUUGCUGGAAAUACUGCUGAACUGCCAGAGACAAAGCAAUAUAAAGCUACUGUCUCUGUUCCCUUCUGUCCUACUGUAACCCAUCUCCCCACAGGAGCUGCACAGUUUUGAUGACAUGCUGGCUUCACUCCUCUCGCUACAACAGUUUUAGGGGAAUUAGAGUAGAAUUUCACUCCUUGCAACAAGGUACUCAUACUUGUAGAUGCUUAACAGACUUAGUUAUUUACAUAAACCCGAAACCAAAGAUUACUUUACUGAUCUGAAAGCUUAAACCUUGGACAUUUUAAUACUUAACUCUAUCAUCACCAAAACCUACACAAUGGUUUAGAAUAUGUAAUCAUUCUGUUUUAGCUUGAGUCUAUAUUUCUCUUCAUCAUAACCCUUUGCAGUAAUAUUAUACAACACAGGGGUUAGGACAUAAGAACAAAGGUUAUAGUCCUUACUUCUGGAAGUUCCUGGAAUUUAGUAUUUAAGAGAUGCAGGCUGAAAAGCAUCUUAGCCAAAAUCACUUCUCUCUCUCUCAAUCAAUUUUGCAUGUCAACAGCUUAUUAUUAAAGAGCAAGUUUUUCUCUCCUGAGAAAAUUUAAAACUGCAUUUUAUUUUCUAGUGUGGAGAUCACUUUGUAUGAAGUGUUCAGAUACAAUUUUCUGGUUUGCUAUACAAUUGUUGGUAGGAAACUGCAUCACUUUAGUCCCUUAUACAGAAGCAGUCAUAUUGUGGAAGUUUUAUUAUCUGGUUUUGUAACUUUUCCUUGUAACUGAAGGAUAGCCUGAUUUUAUUUACAUGCAGUCUCUCUCCCCCACAUCUCAGCUCUGGCAGUAUUUCAGCUUACUGAUUUGCUCUUUUAUAUGACUUAUGUGCAUAAGUGAUUUAGCUACUGAUACAGAUUCUUUUGUUAUAUAUAAGUUUAAUAAAGUUUGCCGGUACAAAACUUUAUUAUAUUGCUAACUACAGAAUUUUGUUAAAUGAGCAAUCUAUCCCACCCAAACAAAACAAAAUCACCAAAAACUGUGUAUGUGUGGAAGGGAGGAGGCGGUGGGUGUCUAAGAAGUCUCACUGUCACCUGUUAAACAGUUCUUUGCUGCUAAGUCCUGUGUUCUCAAUUCUAUACUUCCCUGACAUUAAGGUGCUUUUGCCAUCAGUGAAUUAUACAUUAAUCAUACACUUCCUAAAGCGGUGCAGGGGGAAUGUCAGCUCUGUUCGAGGAUGACAACAAACUGAAUGUAAUGGCCACAUAAAAAACUUUUCUGUUACCCAUUCAGUGUUCAUCAGCACAAAUGUAAGACAUGGGUCAGUGCCAAGGCAAGAAGGAGAAGCCAUUUAAUGCUUGGUUAGCAGACAAGCUACAGGACUGCAUCACUUCAUUGGUUUACUCCUCUGACAAAGAAUGGUCCAGAGGGGAAGGGAACAACAUGGAAUCCAUUCACAGAAAAAAGUACUAUCUAUUCAUAGCAUAUGAAUAUAACUUUAUUCAACUCAGACUCCUCAAAAAAGGAGAAUGUGAGGAGGAUACGCUACUCCCCCACUACUCUGAAGUUCACAUUUAGGAAUAUGAUUUUACUGGAAAUUGUCUUACCAUGAAAGCUUCUUUUCAUCUGAAUCAAAGCUAGCUCACAGCUAAGUCUGAGGUUCCUCUGCCCCUCAAACAAGAGAGACAAGGAAUGAGUGGAACGGUGACAGUUUGACCUCUGAGAAGUGUUCCUAUUCCAGAAGAGUUCAGUUCCCAAGUUAUGAAUGUGCACUGCUGUGGUCCUCCUGGAAAGAGGAGGACUUUCCAGAAGAACUGGUUUCCAGAAAGACCAGUUUUAUUUCCUAAGUGUUCAUGGAACUAGAAGGAGCUUCUGCUGGAAGGCCCUUUGCAGCCAUGUAAUCACAGCAAGGAAAAUUCAAAGAAAGCUAAGUAAAGUGAUAACUCUCACUACAGGAAUACAACUUUUGUUACCAUGAUCACCUACGAGGCUAUUCGUACAAAAACCAGUACAUGCCCAUGGACACGUCUUUCAGUCACACAACAAUUUUAUCUUUCUAUAACUAAGGAAGCAGAAGUUGCUGCUGGUAAAUAAAGGGUGCCCUGGACUAUUGAUAUUAAAAAGGUGAAUAGCACAUUAAAGUCAGAAAGAAUAUUACACAGUGGGAUGCACCACACCACCAGCACUGACAGAAGACAAAUGGAGAGAACUAACGAAGUAAAAAGAAAAAGGAAAUUCAAUGAGAUUCAAGCUAGUACAUCUGAGGAAAAAAAUCCAGAACACAGAUAUUCAAUGGGCAAAACACCCACUUAAAAGCUGGGAUAUUAAAUAAAGGCACAAGAUGAUAGCGGAUAGUGAAAUUAGAUGGGAGCUCGCACUGAGACAUACUGGGCCAGCAGAAAGCAAUGUAAUUAGAUGACUGUCUCUGCAUGUACAUUACGAGGCACAGUUUGAGCAUCUCAUUACCAGGAAGCAUUUGACAAACUGAAAGGAACAUCUCAGGCUAGAGGGCCAGACAGACCAGGCAAUAAGGACAUAUUGAGAGUGAAGUAUUCCUAGUUAUGCCAAAAGAGGGUUUGAUGAAUGAAAGGAGUGGCAAAUAGAAUUAACCUCUAGAAGUAAUUGAACAGUAGUUUAGAUAACAAGGAGGGAGAGGAAUAGUUUAGAGUGGUAUGAAGUGAAAUAAGAAUUGGAUUAAACUGAAAAAAACAAAAUGUGUAAUAUGAAGAAAAAAGGCAAAAAACGCCAGUUCCUUUACAAGAUGCAGAACUGACUGGAAAUUUUCUAAUGGAAUUUUUUUUUUGAGAACCGUUUUCUGACGACUGUUUUCUGUGUUUGCCCGGCAGGCUCCACAGCAGCCUGACUUUGAAAUUUGGCUUCUGGAGAUCCCAAAAUAAGCACCCUGAGAUCCCCAUCAGGUGACCUGCUGAGAAGCCAGCAGCCUAUAUGCCCUGGGAUCCCCAUCUCCUCGGUAAUUCAUCUGGGUAGGCAGCCUGGGAUUCUAAGAAGCAUAUUUCAUUUUGGAA